GUGCGUCCUCAGUGCGGCAGGGCUUAGCGCUAAUGAGUCACGCUGGGACCUUGUGUAACGCCUCCCUGCUGGAGCUCCGAGCACUUAGAGGGAGUCGGGUUGCACGCCGGGGAGUGGAAAAUACCACGAUGUAAGCUUUCGUCCCCAUGCGCACGCACACACACACACACAAAAAACAGAAGAGAGGCUCUAGGACACUCAGGCUUUUAGAGAAGCCAUUGUGCCACAGCUCCAUCUGCGGUCGGACCUUCGGAGACACCCGGUGCCGUCUCGGAGCAGGGCGACGCGCACUCGGCCGUGGGAGCGCACGGCCGCUUCUGAGCCGCUGCGGCGCGGGUCUCGCAGGAUCUGGCACGCGCAUCUGUGUCAGGAAUCCCCACAGAUCAAUUCUCGCACGAGGAGGCUGGACAUCGGAGUGUGAACGAUGCUCUCGUGUUCCACACCGUACAAGAACCAGCGGUACCGCGACCUGAAGCUGGAGUGCAGGGAGGAGAAGAAGCUUUUUGAGGACCCCGAGUUCCCAGCAGCAGACAAGUCUCUGUUCUACCAGAAAGCCCCACCGGGAGAAGUAGAGUGGAAGCGCCCAAAGGAGCUGUGUGCAGACCCUCGCCUGUUUGUGGAAGGAAUCAGCGCCCAUGACCUGAACCAGGGCACGCUGGGAAACUGCUGGUUCGUGGCAGCCUGCUCCUGCCUGGCCCUCAAACCGGACCUGUGGACCAAGGUGAUUCCUGACUGGAAGGAGCAGGAGUGGGAUCCUAGGCAUCCUGAGAAAUACGCCGGCAUCUUUCACUUUCGGUUCUGGAUCUUCGGCGAGUGGCUGGACGUGGUGGUGGACGACCGCCUGCCCACCAUCAACGGGGAGCUCGUAUACUGCCACUCCAAGCUGCGCAACGAGUUCUGGAGCGCCUUGCUGGAGAAAGCAUACGCAAAGCUGUCCCUGUGCUACGAGUCGCUGGACGGCGGCAACACGGCGGACGCGGUGGUGGACUUCACCGGAGCGCUCGCCGAGAGCAUCGACCUGGAGAAAGGCCGCUACUCGGCGCAGCUCCCCGCCAAAGCGAGGCUCUUCGAGGACCUGCUCAAGGCGUACGACAGGGGCGGCGUCGUCAGCUGUUCCAUCAAGGCGUCGCCCGACGAGCGGGAAACGCGCACGCCCGGCGGCCUGGUGAAAGGCCACGCGUACUCGGUGACGGCGGUUCGGAAGGUCCGGCUGGGACGAGGCGUGCUGGCCCUUCUCAAACCGGAGAGGCUUCCUAUGAUCCGCCUGAGGAACCCGUGGGGCAAGACCGAGUGGAACGGGCCGUGGAGCGACAGCUCUGAGGAGUGGAAGAAGGUGGGAAACAUGGAGAGGGAAGCUAUGGGAAUCACGGUCGCGGACGAUGGGGAGUUCUGGAUGGAGUUCGAUGACUGGUGCGAACACUUCACGGAUGUGGACGUGUGCCGCGUCGUCAACACCUCCCUGCUGAGCCUGCGCAAGACGUGGAGCGAGGCGGUGCGGUUCGGCAGCUGGAGCAAGCACGCGGACGCCCUGCGCAACCGCAGCGGGGGCUGCGUGAACUAUCGGCGGACCUUCCUCCAGAACCCACAGUACGUGUUUGAUGUGGUGAAGGAGGAAGAUGAAGUCCUGAUAUCCCUUCAGCAGAGAGACAUGAAACUUCAUAGACCAGUCGGUCAGGGGGACAACCUCACUAUUGGCUUCGCUCUUUUCAAGGUGGAGCUCAACAGAGAGUUCAGGAUGCACAACAUCGUAACCCAGCAGAACGUAGCGACAUCAGCCUACGUAAACAGCCGCACGGUUUUCAUGCGCAAGACGCUCCCCGAAGGACGUUAUGUCAUCAUCCCGUCAACAUUUGAACCGAACGCUCUGGGCGAUUUCAUGAUUAGAAUCUACACAGACGUGGCUUCUCACUGCAGAGAGCUGGUGCUGGACAAGCCAAGGAUGGGCUGUGCCAGUUGGCUCCUGGGAUACCCUAAGGCUGUGACUCAGAUCUACGUUCAUGGAGCAGAAGGGUUGGAGAACCAAGACGUGACAGAUGGAGCAGAUCCCUAUGUGAUCAUAGCCUGCGAGGGGCAUCGUGUCAAGUCCACAGUCCAGCACGAUACCUUGGAGCCUCUGUUUGACACAAGAGCAAUAUUUUACAGGAAGAAACCGAGGAAGCCCAUCAUUGUGCAGAUAUGGAACCGCAAUGUAAUACAGGACCAGUUCAUGGGGCAGGCUAUCCUGGAAGCCUCCCUGAAGGACUCGGAUGAGCCCCAGACGCUGCGGCUGCAGAAAAGGGAGCAGGAAAGCGCUGAGGCCAUGCUUGGCACCAUCAGCGUGAAAGUUGUCACCUCCCGCCAGUUGACUGACAUGUGAGAGGGAGCGCGGUGCAAUGCCGGGCCGGCGGUUUGACUUGCGAAGACUGGCUUAUAGGCGUCAGCAU